AUAUGUAAAGUCACUGUCGUUGCAAAAGCAUUUGGUAGGAAAAUAUCUUCAGAUGGCCUUUCAUUGUCCAUUGAUUAUUUGCAUUAAAAAAAGUCCAUCAGUUGAAUAUGAUUAUUUCUUUUUAACCUAAUUACAUCCAUCCCCUCAACAGGUAUUUCUAUUCCAUUUCCCAUCUGUGUUUUCAACAUUUUAAACAAGACUGUAUUCACAGACACAGGCUACUUUUUAAAGAUGUGACAGAACAAGUGGUUGAAUCCAGAUGUGAAUGAUGCACAAUAUAAUACUUUUUAUGCAUGUACUGUCACUUUCCUACUGAAUUCCGAAGUCUCAGGUUGUCUGGCUCUGAUCUGAGAACAGCCGAGAGUGCCACCCUGUUGGACCUUAUUCCCUGCUGCAUACCAGUCCCCACACGCCCAGGCUGGAAUGUGUGUGCAGAGAUUUUGAAAGCAUUCCUAAUGUGUUAAAUUGCAUUUCCUAUUGUCAUCCUAGGCUUACCUGAUAUUGAUAUGUAAUUAUUCUGAAUCACAGACUUGCAAGACUAUUUGUAAACUUCAAUGGUAAUCCAAUGCGAAACUCUGUAGGCUAUUGUGGCACUAAGGUGACGACAACAAUACAUUUUUCCUGAUUCAUCCUUGAGGAGGGAGUAGUAGCAGGGGGGUUGCUGAGCAGGUAGACACAGGCAGAGAGGAAGAAGCGAAGGGAGAGGAUUUACUCUUCCCAAAAUCUGUCUGCGUGAGAUGAGCCAUUUUUGGUAUGGAGGUCUAUAAGAGAGUGUCGAAUUACAUAAGGCAUAUUUCAUCAAAUAUAAGUUUCAUAGUGUUUAGGCUGUUACAAAUGUACUGACAUAAGUGGAAGCAAGUGGCAUAUGGUAACUUUGAUAAAAACGACUUAGUUGUUUCACUGUUGUUUGCCCUCUCAUUGGCUAGAAUGGUCCCACCUGAUCUCGUUUGACCCUAACUUUGAGGACACGUAUUUCUAGUCGACUAUCUUGUCAUUAUAACAUAUAAUCUUCGACACAGGUGAGUCGCAGAAAAAGGUGAGACUGGAACCAUGUGUGAAAGUGCAGUUUUUUUUUACUUGUGUGUCUGGACAUUAUUGCUUUAUUGUGCUGAACUAAGGUAAAACUUUCCUAGUACACAACCUCUCUGGUAGUCUUCUCCCUGAGUUGGAAGAGCAAGACGCCAUGAGGAGGAAUGACUAUUAUAUCCCUGUAUCCGGCGAGGAGAAGGCAGCUGACUUUGGGAACACUAAGGAUGGUGGCGUUAGCAAAUAUAGCAAGUAUGACUCCAUCCCAUUGAACUCCCUCACGUCAGAUGAGGCAGCCUCAGGCCCAAAUCAGGGGCCUACAUUCCAGGARGGCCAGCGGCGGGUGGACUAUGUUCUCACAUAUCAUGUCCAGAAACCCCAGAGUGUUCGCCGCAAGACAUCCCGGUUUGCAGAUUACCGCAUCCUCAGGAGCCUGCGCCGCAGUCUGAGCAUGAUGCGAAGUGGGGACACGCCACCAUCCAAAGAAGACCCUGAGAUUGCUGCCCACAAGCAUCGCCUUGACUACCAUGAGGAUGACAAGCGCUUCCGCCAGACUGAGUUUGAGGAUAACCUUCGAGAGAUGGGACUGGAGCUUGAGAAGGAUGAGGGGAACAAAAUCCCAGGAAUUGGCUUCCUGAAGAUCCAUGCUCCCUGGGAUGUGCUCUGUCGGGAGGCAGAAUUCAUGAAGCUCAAGAUGCCCACCAAAAAGGUGUACGAAGUCAAACAGGGAGGUAAUGUGGUGGAGAGGAUCAAUCUGUUCAUCCACAAAGUGACUGCGCCACUUCAUCCUAAAGUGGAGCCAAAUAGACCCCAAAAUGUGAAGCAUCUUUCCCACCCGUUCUCCCGGGAAAAGCAGCACCUGUUUGAUCUCUCAGACAGAGAUUCUUUCUUCGACAGCAAAACCAGGGCCUCAAUAGUAUAUGAAGUGUUGAAACGUACAAGAUGCACGAAAGCCAAAUACACCAUGGGAAUCACCAGUCUCCUUGGCAACGGUGUUUACACUGCUGCGUACCCUCUUCACGAUGGGGAUGUUGACGGCAAGGGGGCGGAGGCCAAUGACAGAAAGAUCUUGUAUGAAGAAUGGGCAAGCUACAGUGUCUUCUACAAGUACCAACCAAUUGGGUUAAUCAGGAAGUACUUUGGGGAGAAGAUUGGCCUGUACUUUGCCUGGCUGGGGGUUUACACCCAGAUGCUGAUCCCUGCUGCCAUAGUGGGGGCCAUAGUGUUCCUGUACGGCUGUGCCACUGUGGACAAUGACAUUCCCAGCAUGGAGAUUUGUGAUCCGAGAAACAACAUCACCAUGUGCCCACUGUGUGACCGCGCUUGCAGCUACUGGAAGCUGAAGACCGCAUGCGGCACGGCCAGGGCCAGCCAUCUUUUUGACAACCCGGCCACCGUCUUCUUCUCCAUCUUCAUGGCCCUCUGGGCUACCAUGUUCAUGGAGCACUGGAAGAGAAGGCAAAUGAGACUCAAUUACAUCUGGGAUUUGACUGGCUUUGAAGAGGAAGAGGCGCACAAGGACCACCAUAGGGCUGAGUAUGAGAUCCAAGUCAUGCAGAAGACCCUGAAGAAACAGGAUAUGUCUCCCAAGGAUAAAAAAGUGAAACUGACAUGUACAGACCGUGCACCAGCAUAUAUGAUGGGAUUUUUCAUCAUGCUUUUUAUGGUUGGUGUGACCUUUGCUGUAGUGUUCGGGGUCAUCCUGUACAGAAUCUCCAUCAGGGCUGCCUUACACAUGAGCUCCAAUCUCACGGCUCGCUCCAACAUCCGGGCAACUGUCAAGGGCACAGCUGCUGUCAUCAACCUGGUGAUUAUCAUCAUCAUGGAUGAGGUCUACGGUGCCGUAGCUCGCUGGCUCACUCUUCUUGAGGUGCCAAAGACUGACAAGAGUUUUGAGGAGAGGCUGAUAAUCAAGACCUUUGUUCUGAAGUUUGCCAAUGCCUUCUCCCCCAUCGUCUACCUGGCCUUCUUCAGGGGCAGAAUGGUUGGGCGUCCUGGGGACUAUGUGUAUGUUAUCGGGUCAUACAGGAUGGAGGAGUGUGCCCACGCAGGCUGUCUGAUGGAGCUGUGUAUUCAGCUCUGCAUCACCAUGCUUGGCAAACAGCUCAUCCAGAACAACCUGUUUGAAAUCGGCAUCCCUAAAAUAAAGAAGAUGAUCAGGCGUCGGAAGUCUGACAUGGACUCUCAGCAGCAGGAGGACUAUAACAUGACCCUACAGCGUCAUGAGAAGGACCACUUCCUGGGUCCCUUUGUGGGCCUCAGCCCAGAGUACAUGGAGAUGAUCAUCCAGUUUGGGAUGGUGACCCUGUUUGUGGCCUCCUUUCCCUUGGCGCCACUCUUUGCUCUGCUCAACAACAUCAUCGAGAUCCGUCUGGAUGCUAAGAAGUUUGUCACAGAGGUCAGGAGGCCCAUCGCAGCCAGAGCAAAAGACAUUGGCAUCUGGUAUAAUCUUCUGAGAGGGCUCAGCAAAGUAGCAGUCAUUGUAAAUGCGUUUGUGAUUUCCUUUACGUCAGACUUCAUCCCUCGACUAGUCUACCAGUACAUGUACAGCCCCGAUGGCUCCAUGCACGGCUUUGUCAACCACACUCUGUCCUACUUCAACGUCAGUGACUUCCAGCCUGGCACUGCCCCUCUGCAGCCUAUGCACCUGGGGUAUGAAGUGCAGAUAUGCAGAUACAAAGACUACAGAGAGACACUAUGGUCCAACACCCCCUAUGACCUCUCCAAGGAGUUCUGGGCUAUACUGGCUUGCCGGCUGGCCUUUGUCAUUGUUUUUCAGAAUGUGGUGAUGCUGAUGAGUGACUUUGUUGACUGGCUGAUCCCAGACAUCCCCAAGGACAUCAGUCUGCAGAUCCACAAGGAGAAGAUCCUCAUGGUGGAGCUCUUCAUGAAGGAGGAAGAGGGCAAGAAGCUCCUCCGAGACAACCACACCAACCAAAGUCCUUUUCAGCCCCGCUCUCGCCCUGCCUCGCAUACACAUUCUAACUGCUAGUGCCCUAGGGGGCGGCUCCAUCUGUCCGUUCAUCUGAUCUGUUUAAAAACCUUCAGUCCCUCUGUCUGGACUUGCACACUCCACACACACACACACACACACACACACACACACACACACACACACACA